AUGAGUAGCGAUGAGAACCAUCCCCCCUCUGGCGAUCCUUCGUGCAAGCACACUGGUUCUGUGCUUCAGUUGGGCCCACGUAAAAAAGUAACUUCAUCGAAUCCCCUCAUCCUGCAUGGCCGACAUUUUGGUCGGACGAUGUUCGCCUUAUGCAAUUAUCCUGCUCUUUUAACUGCAGAGAUCCUCCGACUCGAAGAAUUACAGGACUCUCCUAUAGAGGAUUAUCCAGCAGACAUUCAGCGUGAACACAGGGUGUUCGUGGAAUUAAUAGAUUCCUAUCCUGGACUUUUAGAUCAUUUGACUACGGGGGAGGAGGAGGAUAUUAUCUAUGUGGGAGAAUUGCUGGGUAAAGGGGCUUCCAGUGCGCGAGGCGACAAUACAAAAACUCUGAAGUCUGCUGUUCUUGAAUGGCUUGUGCCCAGAGGACAAGUAGUCAUAGCGCCCCUCUCCCGAAACAUCAAGUCAGAUUGCGGGUUUAAUCAUGAAGUCACCGGUGCAUUGCUCUGCCCAGCAGGCCUUGACUGGUCAAAUGUAGUAACCAAGCUGAGUCUAAAGAGCGGCGAAACUGCAGUACACGGUGACCAGUGGCCUAUGUUCUUAUAUGCCGAGUAUAACUAUGAUCCUGAAGAUCCAUGGAAGGGUUUACUGAGGAGCGAGAUACUAAUAUUUGGUUUCAAACAUGUUUUUACAUCCCCAAGCUCGGUGGAUAGGGAACCGAAAGCUACGCAUUCCGGCAACGCUUACCUCCACGGCAUGAAGUCUGUUACCAAAGGAUCCCUGGCCUAUAUUGCUACACAGGUUCGAUUUUCAUUGAGUUCAUCGUCUGUAUUUUCAUGUACCGACAUGGUUACGGACUCCAAAAAUUUCUAUCACAGCAUUCUUGACCUGUUGGAGGAUCCCGAUGAAAGUGAGGAAGUUGUUGACCUCAUGACGUGGUGGAUGCACCGUAUUUUUCCUAAUUCUUCAUCUUCACAGCGCAGUAUCAGCGAAAACAGUGCGCUGUUGAAAAUUCGAGCAAAAUGCGCUGCUUCGCAAGAACGAGCCAAUGCUGACACUACAUAA